AUGGCGGAGACGAAUUUUAAUGGAUUAUCCAUGCAUCGAAUUACCGAAAGCGAUUUUGAUUGUGUUAAAAAAUUUCUGCUAACCGAUUUCUUAUACAAUGAACCGCUGAACAGAUCAGUCAGUCUAAAUGCCAAAGAUUCAGAUGAACUGUUUAAUGAUUUGGUAAACAGUGGGAUUGCCUCAUCGUUAUCGUAUAUGCUACGAAAACCGGAUGGAGAGAUCGCUGCACUUAGGUUGGCUUCAAUACUGAAUCGACCAGAAGACGAGCAACACAAUGAACAUAAUAAAAGUGCAACAAGUGGUAGUAAUAAGAGGACAGCAACGAAAACAAUGAAUCCAAAGGCGCAGAUUAUCAUGGAUAUUCUUGAGGAACUGGAAAGCAAGAUUUGGAUUCUCAUUGAUCCACAAUUAAAACGUUUGCUGCUGUGGUCUGUAAUUUCAGUGCAUAAAGAUUACACUAGACGUGGACUUGCUGAGAAAAUGCUUUCUUAUAAGUUGGAAGAAGCCAAGCAAAUGGGUUGUCAAGGGUGCGUUGCAGAAGCAUCCGCAUUUAAAUCACAAUUGCUAUUCAAAAAGAUUGGAUACGAGACAAUCCAUGAAAUAAAGCACGCUGACUGGCUUGAUGACAAAGGGCGACAGAUUUUCAAAUGUGAUGACAGCACUGAUUGUAUACAGAUUGUUUUCAAACCACUCCAAUGA